AUGGGGCUAGCUUCAAAGAUGGCAGCUGCGCAACAGGCGCAAAUGGGAGGUGCUCCUGGUCAGCCACCAUAUCCAACUGGCGGUCAACCUCAAUAUGGUCAAGGUCAAGGUCAGCCUUAUCAAGCCUACCCAGGCGGCCCACCACCACAACAGGGAGGAGCUCCACCCCGUUCUGGACCUUUGGGUUACGUCCCUGGUGGAAGCUCGAUCCCUCCUCAAGCAGUGAAACAAUCCCUUAUGCAGACUAUCCAGGAGAAGAACUUGGGUAAUUUCUUCAGAAACCCUCAAAUACUUGAUCAGAUCUGCGCCGUUGCUCCUCAAAAAAUCGAUCAACUAUGUCAAGCCUGGAAUGUACCCAAGGAAUUGGGUGCUGAUAUCGUAAAGCUUGCUUUAUUCGAUAUUAUUCUCUUCGUUGAUGACAGUGGUUCUAUGAUUUUCCAGGAGAAUGGUAGCCGUAUCGAUGACAUGAAGCUUGUAUUGGGAAGAGCUGCUUAUGCUGGAUCUUUGUUCGACGCCGAUGGAAUCGAAGUUCGCUUCAUCAACAGUGAAGUUCAAGGCAAUCACAUCCGCUCCGAGCCAGAAGUCGAGCAACUUGUCCAACGCGUCAAUUUCAAGGGAUUGACUCCAUUGGGUGCACAACUCAGGAAUAAGGUUGUUGAGCCAUUGAUCAUGAGCAAGGCGAGAUCCAAUGCACUUCAAAAACCAGUUUUGGUUAUCGUUAUUACCGAUGGACAACCAGAUAACCAAGAUGAAGUUUUCCAAGUUGUUAAGAACUCCUCAGCCGAGCUCGCACGUACUCAAUAUGGCAAACAAGCCAUUUCUUAUCAAUUUGCACAAGUCGGUAACGACAAGCAGGCUACCGAAUUCUUGAAGAAACUCGAUGAUGACAAAAGUAUCGGAGAUUUGAUUGACUGUACAUCCAACUUCGAAGCCGAACAAGAUGAAAUGGCCCGAACCAAUCCAGGAACCGAAUUGACUCCUGAUUUGUGGUUGUUGAAGCUUUUGGUUGGUGCCAUUGAUUCUUCUUACGAUACCAAGGAUGAAUCUGGAAGCCGUCCUCAACCACCUCCAGGUCAAUAUGGACAGCCACCACAAGGCCAAUAUGGUGCUCCUCCUCCUCAGGGCUACGGACAACAACAACCUGGUGGAUACCCUCCACAACAAGGUCAAUAUCCUCCUCCACCCCAACAGGGACAAUAUCCUCAACAAGGCCAAUAUGGUGCUCCUCCCCCAGGUGGUGCUUAUCCCGGCCAACAACAAUACAGACCAGGUGGAGGUCCACCCGUUCCUCCUCGUUACUAG